AGCCUCCUGGGAGCGGGCGCAGCGCCAGAGCUCGCCUGACAUCAGCCGCGGCCGCCGCAUACCGCAAGAAUAGACACACACACGUGACACCGCACGACGCCACCGAGUCAACAUGGGCGCGGACGGCGGUGAGCCGCUGCAGAACGGCGCCGGAGCUGACGACGAGAGCAUGCCUCCGAACGAGGCGCGCGCCCUCACCGCCGGAGAAAAGCCACCAGAACUCAUGGAGAAGACUGCAAAUGGCGAGACGGAGGUGGACGUCGAGGGGGUCGACUCGGGCGCCCCCGAGUUCUGCGGCCUCACCAAGGAGGAGCUGAUGCGCUAUGCUAACGACCCGUUCUGGGUGCGUCUGCGCUGGGUGCUGCUGGCUGUCUUCUGGCUGAUCUGGCUGGCGAUGCUGGUGGUCGCCGUGGUGAUUGUCGUGCUCGGCCCCAAGUGCGCACCCGUUCAGAAGCUCGACUGGUGGCAGAAGGACACCAUCUACCAGAUCUACCCGCGCUCGUUCAGUGACGACAGUGGUGACGGUGUUGGUGACGUGGCUGGAAUUCGCACCAAGCUCGACUACCUGAAGGACCUGGGCGUGCGCUCGCUAUGGCUCUCUCCGAUCUACAAGUCGCCGAUGAAGGACUUUGGGUACGACAUCUCCGACUUCCGCGCGGUAGACCCGCUGUUUGGCACGAUGGAGGAUUUCGACGGCCUGCUGGCCGACGCCAAGGAGCGAGACAUGCACUUCAUCAUGGACUUUGUGCCGAACCACAGCAGCGACCAGCACGACUGGUUCCAGCGCUCGGUGAGACGCGAGCACAACUACACCGACUUUUACAUCUGGGCGGACGGUGUGGGCGGCGGCCCGCCCAACGGCUGGCAGUCGGUGUUCGGCGGGUCGGCCUGGACCUACAACGCGGCACGCGGCCAGUACUACUACCACCAGUUCCUGCCGCAGCAGCCCGACCUCAACUUCCGCAACCCCAACGUCGUCAAGGAGAUGGAUGAUGUCAUCCGCUUCUGGUUGGACAAGGGCGUCGAUGGAUUCAGACUGGACGCGCUGAAGCACCUGUUUGAGACUGAGGAUCUGACCGCCACCGAGCCGCGUCUGCCCAACACGACCGACUCCGACUGGGGCGCGUUCAACCACACGGGCGUCACCACCGACCUGCCCGAGACGUUCGACGUGCUCUCCGGCUGGCGCAGCAUCUGCCAGGAGUUCGAGGACAAGGACGGCGAGCACAGGCUUCUGAUGGCCGAGGUUUAUGGCGAGACGAGCCGUCUGAUGCAGUACUACGGCAACGGGACCGACAUGGCUGACUUCCCCUUCAACUUCCUGCUGGUGGAGCGUCUGAAGUCAUCGGCCGACCUGACGGGCACCAGUCUGCAGUCGGCUAUCGACGAGUGGCGCCGUGCACAGCCCAACGACACCUGGGCCAACUGGGUGCUGGGCAACCACGAUCAGCCGCGCGUGGCCUCUCGGGUCGGCGAGGAGGCGGCCGACGCGCUCAACAUGCUCCUCCUGCUGCUGCCCGGCACGCCCGUCACCUACUACGGCGAGGAGCUGGCCAUGACGGACGCCGAGAUCGCUCCGCCGCAGCGCCAGGACAAGGCCGGCCGCGACCCGCAGCGGACGCCGAUGCAGUGGAACGCCGAGGCCCACGCUGGGUUCUCGGCGGCCGAGCCGUGGCUGCCGGUCAACUCCAACUAUCGCGAGGUGAACGUGGAGACCCAGCUGGCGGCGGACACCAGCCACCUGAAGGUGUACCGCGCCCUGCAGAAGCUCCGGUCGGGCGCCGGAGCCGAGUCUCUCACCGCCGGCGACUACACAGAGCUGGUCGUCUCUGAUAAGAUAUUCUCGUUCAUGCGUCUGCGCAGCGGCAACCCGGGCUACGCCGUGAUCAUCAACACAUCCGACCAGACGCUGUCGGCAGACCUGACUCAGGCCGGCUCCAAACAGCUCGCCGAUGAGGGCACUGUGGCCGUGCGCAGCUCACAGGCUACCAGCGAGGCCACCGGCGUCGGCACCCGCGUUCAGUUCAAGGCGGUGCCGCUCGGGCCUCGCGAGGGCAUUGUGCUGUCGUUCGUGCCCAAGGCAGCCUCGUAAGCCGGCUUCGGCGACUCUGGGUGGUUUGCGGCGAUCGCUGAUGACGUCUGAUGGCGCGCGAUGUCCUCCGAUGACGCGUGAUGACGUUCGGUGACGUCCGGUGACUCCAGGCCAGCGGCGGCCCACCAUCGGUCGGCCGGAUGGCGUAAUGUUCUGUUGCCUGAUGUUGGACCGCUGCCGAACAUUCAGGGACCCAAUCGGUCUGGAGUCUGGUAAAUUGGCCUACAUAUGAGAUUAUCGCAAUAUACUGGCCCCUUUAA